CACAUAAAAGGGAAAGAAUGAGGAGAGACACAGCAUUAGCAACACAUAAGCCUGAGCUGAAGUGGAGAAAAGCAAACGCGACGAAGAUCCACUACAAAAAUCACGGUUCCGUUUCGACCGUCAUCAUGGGCCCAGCUUUGUUUACUUUCCUCGCUCUUCUGACCACGUGCUCAGCCCAGUCGACCUCCUCGCCUUGCCUGACGCAGUUCCUGUGUUCGACGGUCGGCCUCUUCCCGCAGUGCCCUAAUACCUGCGACGUCGGCUACUUCCGUUGUUCAGAAGGCGACAUCAAUCAGCUUGUGACUCCCUCGCAGUGCGAUUUCGACCUUGUGUUUGACCUCAACUUCCAGCACCCUUACUGUGUCUUGCCGAGCGAUUGCCCGAGUACGCCCUCAACAGGAGGUUCCACGUCCAGUACGGGCUGUUUAACUACAUUCACCUGUACUACUGCGGGUAACUUCCCCGCCUGUACUACAUGCGACCCGCAGUACUUCCAGUGCGCGUACGCAGGGAGUGCCGGGGUACUUACAAGUUGCAGCAGUGGAUUGGUGUUUAAUACGAACUCUGCCUAUCCGUAUUGUGUGCUUCCUUCAAACUGCCCAUAUAACCCGGUUGGGUGAAGGGAUGUUAUCAUUUUUUCUAGCUAUUUAUCGGCCUGCCUGUCUGUCUUUAGAUUUCGUGCCUAUCUGUAAAUCCUCUCCAUCUAUCUCUUUAUUUCUUAAUUUGAUUGUUAUGAUUACGUAGUUUUGAAUAUUCUGUACUAGAGCGUGGAAGAUGUGUUCUAUAAAAUGCAACAAACUGUUAAUGUUUAUAUUCAUAUAUGUUAACACUGCUAGAAAGUCUAAUGUAAGUUAAUAAAGAGAAACAAAUAAAUCAUGUAAAAAUCCUGUGA